AUGAAACGUGGCGUACUUCUAUUAACUUUUGUGCACAGUAUCCUAGCACAGAUGACUUUUACGGACAACUGGGAAAAGCGUACGAUACUACCCAGUUUUGUUCAAGGAUGGCAAAGGAAUGAACUCAUGGUAAAUACGCCCUGCUGGGAUAUCGCUUCCAAAGGAUUGAAAGAAUUAGAACAACUUCAUAAACGACAAUAUGAUAUCAUGCGGACACUAUCCAAAUGCUUCAAUUCUCAGCAUAUCGAUUCAUUCCCUAAGGCUUAA